AUGUAUUCAAAUGUUGUUACAGGAAAAUUAAAAUUAAAAGGAGAUGUUCCUGAAAUACCUUCACAUACAAAUAAAAAAAAGAAAAAAUCUAAAAAAGUUAAAAAUGAACUAAUCAAAGAAGAACAACAACAACAUGAAGAAGAAGAAAUUAGUAAUAUUAAGGUAUCAAAAACUUUAACAGAUGCUGAAAAAAAACAUAAAGAGAAAUUAAGUAGAAAAGAACAAAAAAGAAUUGAUAAAUUAGUUAAUAAAUCACAUAAAGAAAAAAUCGAAGAAUAUAAUAAAUAUUUAUCAAGUUUAUCAGAACAUCAUGAUGUACCAAAAGUUGGUCCUGGUUAA